UACUCACUAGUACUCCAUAUACCACAAGACACCCUCCAAUAUCAUCUCAACCUUAAAUCAAAACAACCAUGAAAAUCCCAUUUUUCCUAGCUCCUUUACUUCUCUGCCUCUUAGUUUUCCAAGUCCAAGGACAAAACCCAAAAUGCAACAUCCAAGAUCAUGGCUCAACUCUCCAAAUAAUCCAUACAUUCAGCCCAUGUUCCCCAUUCAAACCAUCAAAAGAAAUGUCAUGGGAAGAAAGUGUCCUACAACUACAAUCCAAAGACCAAGCAAGGAUGCAAUACUUGUCUAGCUUAGUUGCUAGGAGAUCAGUUGUGCCAAUUGCAUCGGCUAGACAAAUCAUACAAAGUCCAACAUAUAUUUUGAAGGCUAAAAUUGGUAAUCCACCUCAAACUUUGCUUAUGGCUAUGGAUACUAGUAAUGAUGUUGCUUGGAUUCCUUGUACUGGUUGUGUUGGUUGCUCAACUACAAAAGUUUUUGCUCCUUCUAAGAGUACAACUUUUAGGAACGUUGGAUGUGGUUCUCCUUUGUGUAAACAGGUACCGAACCCCACUUGCGGUGGAAGCGCGUGCGCAUUCAACCUUACUUAUGGUAGCUCCACAGUGGCAGCUAGUGUGGUCCAAGACACACUUACCCUAGCUACUGACCCAGUCCCAAGCUACACUUUCGGCUGUGUUCAAAAAACUACAGGGAGUUCAGCACCACCACAAGGGCUAUUGGGCUUGGGCCGAGGCCCAUUGUCCCUAUUGGCUCAAACCCAAAAUCUUUACAAGUCCACAUUUUCUUACUGUUUGCCUAGCUUUAAAUCACUUAACUUUAGUGGGUCGUUGAGACUUGGGCCUGUGGCCCAGCCCAAGAGGAUUAAGUAUACUCCACUUCUUAAAAAUCCUAGAAGAUCAUCACUUUACUAUGUUAACUUGGUUGCUAUUAAAGUUGGUAGGAGAAUUGUUGAUAUUCCUCCAGCUGCAUUGGCCUUCAACCCAACCACUGGUGCAGGAACCAUUUUUGAUUCUGGUACGGUUUUCACUCGGCUAGUUGAACCGGCAUACACCGCCGUAAAAAAUGAGUUUCGUCGACGAGUUGGUCCAAAGUUACCCGUGACAACCCUAGGAGGAUUUGACACAUGCUACACAUUUCCAAUUGUUGCACCAAAUAUAACAUUCAUGUUCUCGGGCAUGAAUGUAACACUACCACAAGACAACACCCUCAUACACAGCACCGCCGGUAGCAUCACAUGUUUGGCCAUGGCGGCGGCGCCUGAUAAUGUGAACUCGGUGUUGAACGUCAUAGCAAAUAUGCAACAACAAAACCACCGUGUGCUAUUCGAUGUGCCCAAUUCAAGACUUGGUGUUGCUCGAGAACUUUGCACCUAAUAAGUGAUUCUUGUUCUUGGUCAAGAUCAAUUUUCGUGACAUGUAGGUACAAUAAUAAUAUUGUCAAAUUGGCAACGUGAGUUAAUUAUUUGGGUAAUGGUAUUUUAUUUAUCUUUGUCUCCGUGUGAUUUGGGUUUUGGCAUUGCUCUAGAGUUUAUUGCUAACUAUAUAGUAAGAUACUGAGCUACCAUGUUUAAGGAAUUGUUAUAUGUAAGUUUCAAAGUUUGAAGUAAUAAUUAUAUUGUAGCUUUGUAGUGGUAUGUGCCACGGGCACAUAUCCCUUAAUUAA